AUGCGAUGCUCAACAAGAGAAGAAGAAGUCGAAGAAAUCAAAGAAGACAGAGGUGAGUCUUCGGAAAAAGGGGUGAAAGCAGAACAAAAGAAGCAAGAGCUAAUAGUUACAUCUCGAACUGUUGAAGAGGUGUCUCCUGUUUUAACUUCAGUGGCUGAUACACCGCUUAUCGAAGCCUCUCCAUCAAAAGACACGAUUCCUUCGAAGACGGGGGUUUUUCGAAGACUAAAAAUCAAAAGCAAAUCUCAGUUGGUGAAGAAAACACAGGUUACUCAUCAAGGGGUUACUGUUCGAGAAAUUCCAGCUCCGGUGUCUCCAUCUUCUAAGAAACGAAGGGCUGCAGAUAUGGCAAAAUUUUUGAAGAAAACCCAACGUAUAGAAGAAGUGGAACAAGUUCCUGAGACUCCUGAAGAGGAAAUUCCUAAAGAAGUAGAGCUUCUUCAGUCUACUGAAAUUUCGAAGCGUGAUGAUAUAAAGCUCAUUGAACCAACAUCUUUACCUCAGGUUACUUCCACAACUGAUUCUCCAACAUUCCAAUCUAUUAUGGAUCAACCUUUCACCACUAUAUUCUCAACACAAUCAACCGAUCCACCAAAUUCAUCAUCACCUGUUGCUGAAACCAUGGUGUGGAUGAGGAAACUGAUAACGAAGGAUUUGGAGGAACAUUCGAAGCUCUUUCUUUUGAUAAAGCUGAAGAAGAUUUCCCUGACCAUAUGCUGA